AUGCACCAACUGCUUCAAAAGAAUGGAAGCAUUGGAAACGAACAUUUGAAAAUUUCAUUGAGGAUUGUGGACAAAUUUCGCUCCAUCGUUAAUUUUGUUUCAUCAAAUGUUUAUGAUUACAUUGAAGAGUGUGAUUCCUAUGAAAGUGUAAUUGAAACCCUAGAAAACUUAUAUAUAAAAACCCCUAAUGAAAUUUUUGCAAGGCAUCAAUUACUUAUAAGACAUCAAACAUCGAGUGAAUCCUUAGAAGACUUACUUCAGGAAUUAUGUAAACUCAGUAAAAGCUGUAAUUACCAGGAUGUUUCCGCUGAACAAUAUCGAGAGGAACAAAUAAGAGAUGCUUUUAUUUCUGGAAUAAAUUCGAAUUACAUUCGUCCGAUGAAUAUAACCCACAGUGUUUCAGCUGCAAUACAUAAACCAAGUUUGUGUACUGUUUCAAGUGGUUGUCCGUUGAGCCUCUCUCAUGCAGCUGUUAUUGUCAGAAUUAAUGAUGAACCGUUAACUGCACUAAUCGAUUCCUGUAGCUCAGAUAAUUUUAUAAGCAAGAAAAUUCUCGAGACUUUAAAAAUUAAAACGUUACCCAGUAAAAAGAAAAUUUUGAUGGCCCUCACAACAAUGGAGUCUGGAUUAGUGGGCUGUUGUUCGGUUAAUCUUGAAGUAAAUGGUUUAUUUUAUAAUAAUAUUCAAUUUGGUGUCUUAGAAAAUCUUUGUAGUGAUAUCAUACUUGGUUACGACUUCCAAAAACUACACAAAAAUUUAAUAUUCCCACUCGGUGGAAAAAAAGAAGACUUAAUUGUCACAAAGGAAAGUAACCUAUGUGCACUGCAAAUGGCAAAAAUAAAAAUACCAUCCUUGUUUACAAGCAUUUCAGACAAAACUCAGCCAAUAGCUACAAAAUCAAGAAGAUAUAAUAAUGAUGAUCGAAACUUUAUUGAAAGUGAAAUAUUACAGUUAUUAUCGGAUGGUAUAAUUGAGCCAUGUUUCUCACCAUGGAGAGCCCAGGUAGUGGUCGUAAAAGAUCUUACUAAACCUAACAAAAAAAGACUUUAUAUUGAUUACUCUCAAACAGUUAACCUUUACACUGAGUUAGAUGCAUAUCAUCUUCCCAGAAUAGAUGACAUGAUAAAUGGACUUGCAAAGAUUCCAUUUGGAGUUACUAAUGGUGUGUCUAUGUUCAAAAGGUCUAUGGACAAGUUUGUUGAAGAAAAAAAGUUACAUGACACUUUUACAUAUCAUGACAAUAUAACUAUUGGUGGUUAUGAUCAGGCACAUCAUGAUAAAAUUUGUCUGCGGUUUCAAGACGCGUCACAACGUUGGGGUCUAAAUUUAAAUGAAUCAAAAUCGGUUAUUUCAGCUUCUUCUAUAAACAUUCUUAGUUAUUGCGUUAGUCAUAACAACAUAAAACCAGAUUCUGAGCGAUUACGUCCUUUAGACUUAUUACCUCCUCCUUCUAACAUUUUAUCACUUCGGCGAACUUUGGGUAUGUUUUCUUACUAUUCAAAGUGGAUACCUUCGUUUGCUAAUAAAGUUCCGCCUUUAAAUAAUGUUAAAUCCUUUCCUAUCAAUAGUGAGGCACUUGAAGCAUUUCAAUUUCUUAAAAGAGAACUUCAUGCUGCCACUUUGAGUUCUAUUGAUAAGAGCUUACCUUUUGUUGUUGAAUGUGAUGCAUCAGAUGUAGCCGUAUCAGCUACCUUGAAUCAAAAUGGUCGUCCCGUUGCCAUUAUGUCUCGAACAUUAGGCAAAAGUGAAAUCAAUUACCCAUCGGUAGAAAAAGAAGCUGUGGCUAUUAUUGAAGCCGUUCGAAAAUGGCAACAUUUACUGUUACAGAAUCAAUUUAAAUUAAUUACUGAUCAGCGUUCUGUAGCUUUUAUGUUUGAUAACCGAAAGAAAACAAAGAUUAAAAAUAGUAAGAUUCAAUGCUGGAGGAUGGAGUUAGCAGAGUUUAGUUAUACUAUAUCGUAUCGUCCUGGAAGCGAUAAUAUCGUCCCUGACGCACUCACACGUGCUUUUUGUGCUAAAACCCAAUCUCAAACAAACUUAAGUGGUAUACAUAGCUGUCUAUGUCACCCAGGAAUUACUCGUAUGCUUCACUUUGUUAAAUCUAAAAAUUUACCUUUUUCUACAGAAGAAGUCAAUAGAGUUUGUUCUAACUGCCAGAUUUGUUCAGAAUUAAAACCAAAGUUUUAUCGAUCCUCAAAUGUCUGUGAGUUAAUCAAGUCAAUACGUCCAAUGGAUCGCCUAAGUAUAGAUUUUAAAGGACCAUUGCCAUCUAAUUCUAGAAAUAAAUAUCUGUUUACAGUCAUUGAUGAAUAUUCUCGGUAUCCAUUUGCUUUCCCAUGUCCUAAUAUUAUUUCAACAACUGUUGUAAAAGGAAUUGCAACAAGUAAUUCUACCCCAUAUCAUCCUAUCAGUAAUGGACAAGUUGAGAAAUAUAAUGGCUUGAUCUGGAAAAAUACUUGUUUGGCACUGAAAAUCCACAACCUAGAUGUUAGAAAUUGGGAAAUUGUUCUAUCAGACGCUCUCCACUCACUCCGUUCGCUACUUUCAACUGCAACUAAUUGUACACCCCAUGAGAGGUUAUUCAGUUUUCCUAGGCGCUCGUCAUCCGGAACUUCGUUACCCUCAUGGUUAACUCCUGGCCCAAUAUUUCUAAGACGUUUUGUGCGUACAAACAAAAACGAUAAUCUCGUGGAUAAGGUUGAAUUAGUGGAUGUAAAUCCAACAUUUGCUAAUAUUCGUUACCCAGAUGGACGAGAGUCAACUAUUUCACUUCAAAAUCUUGCACCGUAUCCUGCCCCAAAAGAAAAGUUUAAUGAUAUCAAUGAGAAUAGUAUCAAUGAGUCUAGUGAGAAUGUAACUGCAAAAGUACUUGAUGUAAAUAAAGACCCCUCACCUGAAAUUAUAUCGGUAAUCAGAGUUAGGAUAGAUAAGCCAGUAACUGAGCCAUUUGCUGAUGUAUUACAACGUUAA